GGACAGCUUUGAGUCAGUAACAGUAAGAGUAACAGUAAGAGAUUUGCAAUAGUGGGGUUUUUUUUUUGUGGGAACAUUUCCUUCAUGUGGAUAAGAAGAGGAAAGGAGAAUAUUUCACUUCUCCCUUUUAUAUUUAUUGAAGUUUUUCUUUGCUUAAUUCAUUUUUCUUCACAUGACCGACAGCCAGAGGACGAUAAGGACACAAUAAGGAGGUCCACCCAAGAUCAGAAGAUGAACAACAGCCUGUCAAACACCUCUAUCAAGUGUGUUCGGGAUACCAGUGUGACAGCUGUGGUUUUCCCCUGUCUGUACAGCAUCCUCUUUGUAGUCGCCCUAAUACUGAAUUCCUUGGCUGCAUGGAUCUUCUUCAGCAUCCCCAGCACCUCAACAUUUGUGGUCUUUCUAAAAAAUGUGGUGGUGGCUGACCUGUUGAUGACCCUGACCAUCCCUCUGAAAGUCUUAAGUGAUGCAGGUGUGGUCUCCUGGAAACUACGCGCCUUCCACUGCCAAUACUCUGCGGUUUUAUUCUACAUCACCAUGUACAUCAGCAUCCUCCUGCUGGGUCUCAUCAGCCUGGACCGCUACCUGAAGAUAGUCAGGCCCUUCGGCAAGUGCGUCCUGCAGCGGGUUCGUGUUGGUCAGGUGCUGAGUGCUACUGUCUGGGCCGUCAUGUUAUCUUUGGCUUUACCGAACGUUAUUCUAAGUGACCAGCCGCCACGCUUCUCUGGAGGCAGACUGAAGUGCACCUCCAUGAAGAGCAAAGCCGGCUUGCUUUGGCAUGAAGGUUUCAACUAUUUCUGUCAGGUGGUUUUCUGGGGCACGCUGGCUUUGAUGGUUGUUUGCUACACGUUCAUCAGCAAGAAGGUUUAUGAGUCAUACAAAGCCUCAAAGAGCAGAUCCCAUGCAGCCACUCGCCGAACCAAAGCGAAGGUCUUCGUGGUAGUGGGGGUGUUUUUCAUCUGCUUUGCCCCCUUUCACUUUGCCCGCGUUCCCUACACUCUGACCCAGAUUGGCAGCAUGGUGGGUCAUUGCCGGGCACAGAACGCUCUCUACAUCGCGAAAGAAACCACCCUGUGGCUGUCGGCCACCAAUGUGUGUCUGGACCCGCUUAUCUACGUGUUCCUGUGUAAGGUGUUUAGGAAAAGACUGACAGCGGCAAUCUGUCGCAAGCAUCUCCACAUAGGUGCCAUGGAUUCCACCACAGCGACAUCAACUCAACUGGAUAUGUCACAGAUUGCUUUACGCAGCAGGCUGUCAUAUACAGAAACGGGAUGCCCCAGUAACACAGUGGACAAUGAACAAAGGGAAAUCAAUAACUGUUAACUGUUAAGGCAUGAUGAGACACUGCCUGAAAGGUUAUUUUACUUGUAAAUACCAUUUAUCGUGAUGACAGCGGUUGUAAUAAUUCUAAAAUGAAUGCAAGGUGUCCAAAAUCUUUUGAAUGGACAAUGUGCCAGAAAAGAGUCAAACAUGUUUGGAGGAGGUCAUGAAGUUUCAUGCCAACAAUGACUGCUGGUUUUGACUUACCAUGCACUUCUGACCCAUGUUUGCUAAGUCAUCCAACAUGUUUCCAUAAUUGUGCUUACUGUCAUGUUCUACUUCCUUCUCUUCGCUAAUCUCAUUCAAACUGCUCUUUCCCUUUACAAAACUUUGGCAAAAAGGGUAAACAUUUUGACAGCACAUGUUCUGCAAUGAUUACAGCGCACGCAAAAUGUGACCAGGGACCAGAUGAUAACAAAAUGAGGCCUGCAAUAGACAAUGCUGACAGCGAUAAUAUGAGCAAUAUAAAUAACAAUAUUAAUAAAAUGUUUAUUUUAUAAUUGCAUGUUGUUCAAUUUUCAUGCUGGAGGUUGAAUUAUUUACAUGUGGAUGAGGUUCAAAAUGUAUUUUAAGACAAAGACAAAGUCAACAAAUGCAGCCAAUUGGGAUAAACCCACCUUAACCCAGUUCUUCCCUUGUAGUGCUAACACAGAUGUUGAUGACAUGGAUCAUACUGUAGACCAUAACAUGCUCAAACUAAUGUUGAAUGUACUAGCAGAAGAAAUCAAAACGAGAGUGCAUUGGUGUUGAUCAGUAUCUGAAGCACUGUUGAUAAUAAUCUAGCUACUGACUAACAGGAACGGCAUGCUGACUCACAUCGCUCUGCUGCAGGUGUGGCGUUGAUAAAACCAAGUCUAACAAUGCCGAGCAAAGCCGCAAGCAUUUGCAAGUGGGGCAUAAUCGUUCACAUUAUUACAGUAGCAUCACUGCAUCAUUCAUUUUUGAACUGAACAAGAGGAGAAAAGAACAUGUAGAACUGGAAUAAAUUGACUUUUUUUCCAAUACUGCAACACCCAAAAGACAGGUUUCAGGACAUUCACAAACUGGUUCUGCAGGAUUAAUGUCACCUCCCACCUGAUUUACAAUCGUGUCUGCAUGUGGGUCUGAUUAAUGUAAUAAUGAAAUAUGAUCUUCUUCCAUCCCAACCUCUGUCGGCUACGACAGAAGCUGAUAUUUGGCCAGGAAAUUAAUGAGCUUCAGAGCAGGCGACUGCAGCCAGGGAAAGGACCGUUUGUCACCCUCAGAUUAAAUCCUCUGACAGAUGACCCUGCAGCAGUGAAUUAUGAGAAAUUCUAAAUGACAUUCAUGGAAAUUAGGUAAACCCUGCAGAUAAUGUUGCCUCCCAGUAUGCACAGACACAAGUUGGGGACAGAAAAGAGCUAGACAAAUAGGGGGCAGGUGGGUGGGGGCUGACAGUUUAAUGAGUCUUGAUGAAACAAGGUGGUACAGUUUUUAUGUCAGAGAAACCUGCCAUGUCUACAUGCCGGGGCUGUCAAUCAGCAGAAGUUUAUAAACUGUAGUGUUUCUUGUCUCAAAGCCCCAGAGAAAUGGCUUAUAGGCUUCAAAAAAAAGAUGUGUCUGCCCUGCUUAAAGCAAGCUAAACGUUGUGAAACUGUGUGCUAUUGAUUCAGUUUGUAACACUGCUUAAGGUUGUAAUGCAAAGCCGAGAAGGCUGGAGAGGGUGAGAAGAAGUCAUAUCUAGAUUGUACACCACAAUUUUGAUACAUCGCAAGUUAAAGAGUACAUAGUUAAAGAUCAGGCUAUGACCUUGUUUAGUUAAGGCCUGGAAAGGUCAGUGGGUUGUGAUUCUUGCCAAACGUUUUCAUAACUGGUGGAUUAGCAUCAAAACAUAUGGCUAUUUUUAGGGCUGAAGUCGAUAAGUAGUUUGUUUCUGUCACUGUACUUUUGCUCUGGUUUAUGCUCUUAGAUGCUUGUUUAAGAAAGGAGAUGCACUUAUGACUUCUGGUGACUAGUAGUUCUCUUGAAUACCUAUGUUGAAUACACUUAUUGUAAGUCGCUUUGGAUAAAAGCCUCUGCUAAAUGACUGUAAUGUAAUGUGAUGUAAUGUGAUGUAUUAGUAGAAAAGAAUUGUUCGUUCAUUUAUGGACAGCACUUGAUGGCUUUAUCCAACUUUUUCACGAUUCUUAAUCCCCCUUUCUCUGUCCCAAAUGAAAUGUGUAGUUUGUAUCAAUUACACAAAACUAAAAAAAUAAACAUUUUCUAUUUAGAAACUUUUCUCAGAAUUAGGAGAUAAAGGUACU